AACGGAUCUCAUUCUCUUUCGACACUUUUGAUCUCGUCUUCUGGAUCGGUGGAUCCGUUCUUUCUCCUCUUUCUCGCCACCAAAGAUCUAGAGAGAGAGAAAGAGAGAGAGAGAGAGAGAGAGAGGAGAAACCCUAAUGGCGGUCGUAUCGGCUUUGGCGAAGUAUAAGCUGGUCUUCUUGGGGGAUCAAUCGGUCGGGAAGACCAGCAUCAUCACCCGAUUCAUGUACGACAAAUUUGAUACCACGUACCAGGCUACAAUUGGGAUUGAUUUUCUGUCAAAGACAAUGUACCUUGAAGAUCGCACAGUUCGCUUGCAGCUUUGGGAUACUGCUGGACAGGAGAGAUUUAGGAGUCUUAUUCCAAGUUACAUCAGAGAUUCUUCUGUUGCAGUACUCGUUUAUGAUGUAGCCAAUCGGCAAUCAUUUUUAAACACUUCAAAGUGGAUUGAGGAAGUACGAACAGAACGGGGAAGUGAUGUUAUUAUUGUCCUGGUAGGAAACAAGACGGAUCUUGUUGACAAAAGGCAAGUUUCUAUUGAAGAAGGAGAAGCCAAGGCCCGUGAAUUUGGGGUCAUGUUCAUAGAGACCAGUGCGAAAGCAGGAUUCAACAUCAAGCCUCUCUUCCGCAAGAUUGCUGCAGCCUUACCAGGGAUGGAGACUCUUUCUUCGUCCAAACAGGAAGACAUGGUUGACGUCAACUUGAAGCCCACCGUCACUGCCUCGCAGACGGAACAGCAAUCAGGAGGAUGUUCAUGCUAGAGAAAAUACCUGCAGAGUAUACAGGCAAAAGUAAGUAUUGGCCAAGGAGAACUUACAGACGUUAAUACAAGUGCAGUUUGAGGAUUUCAUAUGCAUGAGUCUGGAGAAGUGUCAUUCUUUUGGAUUUUGCGGUGGGCUACCGACUGAUCUCCUAAUUGAUGGAGACUUUUCCUCUCUGUCUUGUUUGUAUAGUAAAAGCCUUGUGGUUUAAAUUAUAUGUAUCGUUACAAUUUUUCCAACGCUAGAACUUGACUAGGGGCUACAUUAUUUGAUUGCCAGGGGUGUUUCAUUAGUUCUUGUACUUGGUCUGGUGUUUAAUAAACUCUAUAAAGAGCUGCAUUCUUUUUUAAA